AUGGUAUUCCCUCCUCAGAUGUUGCACCCAAGGUUUCAGAUUGGACCUACUCUUAGACAUAUCACACACUAUGCCAAUGAGACUACUCUAAAGUCGAGAGCUUGCGGCACGCUUAACAGUUUGGCUGUGACUGUUCCUUGUGAGUGGGGACAUCUGUAUUCUGUAGUCUACAGUUCACUGCUUACAAUUGGUUUGGCUGGGACUGUUCCUUGUGAGUGGAGUCAACUGUAUUCUGUAGUCUACAGUUCACUGCUGAUAAUUGGUUUGACUGUGGCUGUUCCUGUCUACAGUUCACUGCUGAUAAUUGGUUUGACUGUGGCUGUUCCUGGUGAGUGGAGACAACUGUAUUCUGUAGUCUACAGUUCACUACUGACAAUUGGUUUGGCUGUGACUUCUCCUUUCUACAGUUCACUGCUGACAUUUGGUUUGACUGUGACUGUUCCUUGUGAGUGGGGACAUCUGUAUUCUAUAGUCUACAGUUCACUGCUGACAUUUGAUUUGACUGUGACUGUUCCUAGUGAGUGGGGACAUCUGUAUUCUGUAGUCUACAGUUCAUUGCUGGCAAUUGGUUUGGCUGUGACUGUUCCUUGUGAGUGGAUUCAACUGUAUUCUGUAGUCUACAGUUCACUGCUGAUAAUUGGUUUGACUGUGGCUGUUCCUGUCUACAGUUCACUGCUGACAAUUGGUUUGGCUGUGACUGUUCCUUGUGAGUGGAGUCAACUGUAUUCUGUUGUCUACAGUUCACUGCUGAAAAUUGGUUUGGCUGUGACUUCUUGUGACUGGAGACAUCUGUAUUCUGUAGUCUACAGUUCACUGCUGAUAAUUGGUUUGACUGUGGCUGUUCCUGUCUACAGUUCACUGCUGACAUUUGGUUUGACUGUGACUGUUUCUAGUGAGUGGGGACAUCUGUAUUCUAUAGUCUACAGUUCACUGCUGACAUUUGAUUUGACUGUGACUGUUCCUAGUGAGUGGGGACAUCUGUAUUCUGUAGUCUACAGUUCACUGCUGGCAAUUGGUUUUGCUUUGCACGAGACAUUUUGUAACGUCAAUGUAAACCUAGAGAAAAGUGUGGCAGGAGGUAAGUAUUCCCGCAAGACACAUAUUGUACAGCCACGUCCCACCGGAGCGGCUGACUACAUAAUGAGACAGACUCCAGGAUUGAGAGGAGACCCCAGGGACACAUUCUCUGGACCUGCCCUACCCUCCUUCACUGUGUCUAUACUGUGUGAUUGA